UUUCUCUUCCCCCAAAUUCAAUUUAGAUCGGAAAAGCAAUCAAGCAAGCAUGGCGGUGGUUACUUCUCUCGGACCCCUCAUAGACAAGCUACAGGCCAUGCUCGCCGGCGAAGAGUCAACAACAAUCACACAUCAACCGUCGGCGGAAAAAAUCCAUCGUUGCGUAUCAGCACUCCGGACUCUCCGCGACAUGCUCUUCCACACCACCAAUCAAGAGAUCGACAUUGAAGAGCUGGAGAAAGACAGAGACCUCCUCGGCCGGAUUUACGACGCCGAGGACUGCGUCGACGCCUUCAACGUCAACGUCCAACAACAACUCCACAGACGGAGAGAAGUCUUCGCCGGGCCGUUGUGGUUCGCCCUGCGGAGAGCGUCGACCAGGAGGCAAAUCCGGCUGGUCGGCGGCCAGAUGGAGGUGCUCGCCGGCAAAAUGGAGCAGAUCCUCGAGGCUCUGCCUCGACGAUCCAGGAACAUAGAUGGUCAGGAGCCAGAGAAAAUGCCUACUCAAAUGGCAAGUGCUUCAGAGGAAAGACUUGGCAAAGAAGAGAACCCUACUGUUGCUUCAAACCAAAAACAAGUACCAAAGCAAACAGGGAGCAUGUCAGAGCGUUUGGACGACGAGCAGGAUUUGGUCGGACGGAAGAAGGAAGAAGAGGAUCUAACAGCAGCUAUCCUUAGACGAAGCACCUUACACUUCCCCAUUACGGUGGUGGGGCCAGGGGGAUCCGGCAAGACCACCCUCGUGAGGCGAGUCUACAACAACAAGGAAGUGGCCGAAAGUUUCCAACUCCGAGUAUGGAUUGUACUAGAGACAGAGUUUGUCGAGAAAGACGUUCUCGUCAAGCUUGUCGAGAUACUGAAACAAAUGGCUUUCCUCAAGGACGUCGACGAGCGACUUCCUCCUGAGAAACUGCAGGAGAGGGUCUCCGAUGUGCUGAUGCGGAAAAGGUACCUUGUGGUUUUGGAUUACGUCAAGAAAGCAGCUGACUGGAACCGUCUCAAGGCAGUCUUUUCGAACUCCUUGAACGGAAGCAAAGUGAUUCUCACCUUCCGUGACAAGGGAGAAGCACAAGUGAUCACUAGUCCGGGGGUCUACCAGGUUGAGCUCAAGGACUUGAAUGAUGAAGAUAGCUGGGCUUUGUUUAUGAAGAAAGCCAGGAAAGAAGAAGAUGGGUUGAUUGCUGCAGAGUUGAAAGCCAAAAUACUGGAGAAAUGCCAUGGUCUUCCUCUGGCUUUGAUCAUCUUGGCAGGUUUGUUAUCAUCAAAAGCAGUGGAAGAUUGGUCAAAAGUGGUAGACGUAGCAACUUUCCAAGAAGGAUCUUCCCAAUCCAUCGUGUCUCUUGCUUACUGGGAACUUCCAGCAACAUUGAAGAGUUGUCUUCUUUACUUGGGCAUUUUCCCAAAAGAAUAUGUGAUCCCAACAAGGAGAUUGUUGCAUCUAUGGGCUGCUGAAGGGUUUGGAGAUUAUCACUCUGAUGAUAAGUUAACUCCUGAGGAAGCUGUAGAGUCAAGUUUCAAACAGCUGGUGCAGAGAAACAUGAUAGAAGUUGAGAGAUGGAGGCUUGAUGGAAGUCCACGGACCUGUCGUGCUCCGGGGAUUCUCCACGACAACAUUUUCUCGAAUGCUGUCGAGGCAGGGUUCUAUCACUGUCACAGGAAGCACAAUGACAACAAGUCGGAUGAUUCUUCAGCACCACAAACGGUUCGACGAGUUGCUGAGUAUGUUGAUUCUAGUGACUAUGAUGUUGAUCAUCUGCGCUCCUAUGUUUGCUUCAACACCAAAAAGGGAGACAUGCCUACAAAAGAAGUGGGCGAGUUCAUCAGCAGAGUUAUCAACAACAAGGGUUUUGGACUGCUCAGAGUUCUCGACCUGGAAAACAUAUACAAACCCGUGUUGCCUGAGGAUAUAGGAAAGCUUCUGCUGCUAAAGUAUUUGGGAUUGAGAUGGACUUUUUUGGAUUCCAUUCCAAACUCUGUAGGAAACCUUCCUAGCCUGGAAACUUUGGAUCUCAAGCACACAAACAUCAUGUCGUUGCCCAUCUCCAUCUGGGAUUCAGAGAAGCUGCGCCAUCUUUACCUGAACGAGAUUCAUCUUGAUAAAUCUGCUCAAUCAAAGCAACUGCUAGCUCAAGGAUCACUAACCAACCUUCUGACACUUUGGGGGUUGAUGAUUGGCAAAACAGUUCCUUCAAUGGAGUGGUUGAACAGGUUGAAGAGUCUUACGAGACUCGGGUUAACAUGUCAUUCUAGAUCACUUUCUGAAAUAAGUGGAUGGAUAUCUCAAUGCACUAGACUCAAGUCCUUGAAGUUGAGAUCGAUCGACCGCUUUAGUAGGCCUUCUGAUCUCGCACUGCCGGACAUUUCAUGUCAUGACAAGCUUUCUGACCUGUACUUGCUUGGAAAGUUGCCGGAAGAGACAAACAUGGGGACACUUCCACAGAGCCUGAAGAUCCUCACACUGUCACUGUCAAAGCUGAAGAAUGACCCGAUGGAGACUCUGGGACAGCUGCCGCAGCUCAACAUCCUGAGGCUAUUUGGUCAGUCCUACUUGGGGAAAGAAAUGACCUGCCAUCCAAAAGGGUUUCCCAAGCUGCGAGUCCUGAAGCUGUGGGUGUUGGAGGAGCUGGAUAAAUUGACAGUGUGCGAGGGAUCCAUGCCUGCACUGAGAGAGAUGGAGAUCAGGCGGUGCAUGAAGCUGAGAGAAACCCAAGGAUUGCAAAACUUGACCAUGUUGAAGGAGCUUAUUCUGACCAAUAUGCCACCAAGUUUUAUCUCAGAGACUAGAAGGAGCAUGAGGGAGAGGCAAAUGAAAGAGGGAAGUAAAGUGAUUGUGACUGUGAAUGACUGGGAUUUCAUGCCCUUGCCACAGGAAUCUUGAAGAUAGCAAGAAAUUCUGCAGGACAAAGAGGAUGUUUGUCAUCACUCAUCAGACAUCAAUCUAAUCAAUUUCUGCUUCAAUUGUGUAUGCAAAUCAGAUUUCCUAUAAGUGAGCUCCUCGCUCUUGGUCUGUAUUCCAAAUAAAUGGGAAGUAGCUAACAAUUGUGUACGCAAAUCAGAUUUCCAAUGGGCAAUUUAUAUAUGUUCAAUUCAUUAAGUGCUAAAUGCUUUCACUUUAUAUAUGUUCAAUUUA